AUCCCUAAACAAAACAAACGUCAUCAUGAACAAACCUAUAAAAAUUUUAGUAACAAAUAAAAAUAAUAAAUAAUCAUUGUUCAAACUACAGAACAUUACGAGUUGUGCUUUCAUCAAAUUAACAGCAAGUAGAAAUGUUAACGGAGUAGUUAUCGAUCAUAUAAGUUUGCACUAACUGUAGUAUGUGAAUCCGAAAUGUACAAAAAAUGUGGUAUUAUCUCGAAAAGGCACGACUGGCGAUUCAGGAUUAUGUGGGGUGCAAUAUCGUUCGGUCGACAAAGUGCUAGGCCUUAUUGAUAUUAUGACAUAAGUUACUGUUAGCCGUGUUUUAGAUGUGACAGUGUUGUCUGUAAUAUAUUUACAUUUUGAGAUUGUUUCAUACAGUCUCAAAAUGGCUACUAAGUUGUUUUACACUCACGGAGAAUUUUGUGCAAGUCACCCUUGGGAGCUUAUAGUAGGUGUACUAACUUUAAUGACAAGCAUGCUAACAUUGGAGCAACAUUAUCCACGACACGAUGAAAUUGGGUUUCUGGAGACUGAACGUAAUGGCGCAGAUGCUAUUGUAAUGACAUUGAUACGCUGUGCUACACUGCUUCAUGGUUACUUCCAACUUAGACAACUGUGUAAAGUGGAACAUCACAUUUCAGCCAUAGUUUCUUUAUUCACAAUUUUCUCAUUUAUUUUUACUUGGAUGAUCACUAUUCAUUUCCCAAUUGAAGCUGUUGAUUUACAAGAUGCCCUACUCAUUUUUUUGUUUUUAAUGGAUACGACUAGAGCAAGAAAGCUGGCUCAGUUUGUUUUCAACAACGGUUCACGAGAAGAAGUGGCUAGCAGUAUCGCAACCGGUGUGUCCCUAUUAGGGCCGUCCAUGUUGUUGGAUACCAUCAUCGAGCUACUGAUUAUUGGCGUGGGAGGUCUGUCCGGAUUAACCAAGCUUGAGCCACUUUUAUACUCUGCAUCAUUAGCAAUAGCUGUGAAUUACGUUAUAUUAAUGACACUUUUUCCUGCUUGCUUAUCACUAAUACUGGGAUUAUCAUACUUGACUAAGACAGUUAGGAUUACUGUAGGAUUAGAAUUGGAGAAGUUUAAUCCAGUUGUACAGCGUGUUAAACUGAUUAUGUGUGGAGGAUUGCUACUGGUACAUUUUAAUAACUGGAACUCCUUGAAGGAGUAUCUUGUCGUCAAGAUGAAUUGUGGUGGGUUGCUCAACACAGUCCACGGGUGGUUGUUGUGGCGGACGGACUAUCUUUUAAUUUUAAUUUUUUUAUUGGUUUUACUUGCACAGUUUGUGCUUUUCGAACGAGAUCAACUGCUUACUUUCAUUAUGUGUGACAGAAACAUCUCUGAAAGCAAAGAAGUACAGCAGAGCACUUUAAAAGAAUGCCUAAGGAUUUAUAUUUCUGAGAACAGUGCUACCAAUCUAACAGAUAAGGAAGUAAUUAAUCUUGUAGAAAACAAACAUGUUCAACUAUACCAAAUUGAGAAGGCAGUGGGAGAUGCUGAACGAGGAGUAAAAAUCCGUCGACAAAUUCUUGGUGAGCAAAAAAAUCUUUCUACCGCCCUACAGAAGAUACCCUACGAAAACUACAACUACCAAGAUGUUCUUGGUACAUGUUGCGAAAAUGUGAUUGGGUACAUUCCGGUGCCCGUCGGUAUUGUAGGCCCCCUACGACUAGAUGGCUGUUUAAUUCAUGUUCCAAUGGCAACCACCGAAGGAUGCUUGGUUGCCAGUACUAAUCGGGGGACUCGUGCCAUAUUAGAAACGGGUGUAACAAGCCGCGUGGUAUCUGAUGGUAUGACAAGAGGACCGGUAGUACGCUUCCCGUCGAUCGUCGAGGCUAAUGACUGUAAAAUGUGGUUGGAGAAGACAGAAAACUUCGCCACAAUUAAAGCCAGCUUUGAUUCUAGUAGCAGAUUUGCAAGACUGACCAAGGUGUACGGGCGCAUGGCCGGUCGGUACUUAUUCAUCCGGUUUGUUGCCACAACUGGAGAUGCCAUGGGAAUGAAUAUGCUAUCCAAAGGCACUGAAUUGUCAUUAAAUUGCUUGCGAACCUACUUUCCCAGUAUGGAAAUUGUUAGUCUGAGUGGCAACUUUUGUACGGACAAGAAACCAUCUGCUGUCAACUGGAUUGAAGGUAGAGGAAAGUCUGUUGUUUGUGAAGCGAUAGUGCCCGCACACACCGUUACUACAGUAUUAAAAACUUCGGCGUCUGCAAUGGUUGAUGUGAACAUUUCUAAAAAUUUAAUUGGAUCAUCUAUAGCAGGUAGCAUAGGUGGAUUUAAUUCUCACGCCUCCAAUAUAGUUACCGCAAUAUUUAUCGCGACCGGGCAAGAUCCAGCCCAAAAUGUGACCAGUAGUAAUUGCAUUACAUUAAUGGAACCCUGGGGAGAUGAUAGUCACGAUUUAUAUAUAUCCUGCACAAUGCCUUCAAUUGAAAUAGGAACCGUGGGUGGUGGAACCAUAUUAGCUGCUCAGGCUGCUUGCUUAGAUUUAUUAGGUGUGAAGGGUUCUCAUCCGGAGAAUCCAGGCAAAAAUGCCGAUAAAUUAGCUAGAAUUGUUUGUGCCUCUGUCUUGGCUGGAGAACUUUCGGUUAUGGCAGCGCUAACAGCUGGACAUAUUGUUACAAGCCAUUUAAAGUACAAUAGAUCUUCUACUACUCUUAAUAAUUAGGAGCUGUGUGUGUAAUUAUUGAUAUUGUAGCUAAUAAUCUCGGUGUACGUAGGUUUUUGCAGAUUAUCAAAUAAAUUGGUCUUAUAAUCUUUUUAGUUAAUUACUCAAACAGUAUGUAUGGUGGUUUAUUUGCCGUGCACAGCACGGACUUAGAGCAAUUUCAGGUAAAAUAGAUUUCUACAUUUUUGAUAGAAAUGUUAAUUGAUAAAUACAAAGAUACGCAACUAUGGCGCCCGAUGGUUACAAAAUGUAUGUAUUUUCAGCAUGUAUAUGUUGAUGUACAACUUGUUAAUUAUAGUUUGACCACCGCCAUAGAUGAGAAGAUUAAUUCUAAGCAAAAAGUGUUAUUACAUUAUACAUUUUUUUUGUAAAAUUAAUACAUUUCCAAUUUAUUUGCGACCGUAGGUAUCAGUUUUCUAUACAAAAUGUUCAACCUGCAUACAGGGAGAGUCUAAUGUAAACUCAAAUUAUAUUCUUUUACAAUU